AUGUCUGAAAAUAAGGUCGCCUCCAAAGCUCCAGCUGAAAAGAAGCCAGUUGCUAAGAAAACUUCUACUUCUACUGACAUUAAGAAGAAGUCCAAGGUUAGAAAGGAAACUUACUCUUCUUAUAUUUACAAGGUUUUGAAACAAACUCACCCAGAUACUGGUAUCUCUCAAAAAUCCAUGUCUAUCUUAAAUUCUUUCGUCAAUGAUAUUUUCGAAAGAAUCGCCACUGAAGCUUCUAAGUUAGCUGCUUACAACAAGAAGUCUACUAUCUCUGCUAGAGAAAUUCAAACUGCAGUUAGAUUAAUCUUACCAGGUGAAUUAGCUAAGCAUGCUGUUUCCGAAGGUACUAGAGCUGUUACUAAGUACUCUUCUUCUACUCAAGCUUAA